CACACACACACACACACACACACAUGCAUACGUACAUACCUAUCUACCUAUCUAUAUAUUAUACAUCUGAAUAUCUGUCAAUCAGUAUUCUUUUUAUCUGUCUAUCAAUCUACCUACUUAGGCCUAUAUCUAUCUGUCUAUCCAUAUAUCUGAUAUCAUCUGUUGGGCUCAGUUUUUGUUUGAAUAUUUUUUAGCUGUUAUUUAAAAUGUGCAGAGAUAUAUUUAAAAAAAAAAAAAAAAAAAAAUAAUAAUAAUAAAAAAAAAAAAAAAAAAUAAUAAUAAAAAUCCGAAAUCAUGGGAAAUGGCCCGAGAUAUUCCGAAUACGUGUUAGUUACGACACCUAGUGUGAAUAAUAGAAACUAUCGGAAUUUUUUUGACCCGGAAGUACAUUCAGUCAAACUGAACUCGGCAUCGGUAAGCCACGACGGCAGAGUUGAAAAGAUGGUAGUAGCAACAUAUGACUUGUUAUUUUGAGUGACCAAGUUAUUUGUUUCUUUUACAAUUAUGCUUCCUCUUCAUGUUGGUGAUAAAGAGUACCGACCAGGAUGGAAAGCGAAAGAAGCAUUGUUUGCUUGGUUGCGUUUGAUAUUUUCUGAAAAGACUUCACGUAGGCUGUUUGGAUUUCUUUUGUUGAAUCUCUCGUUUGCAUUUGUUGAACUUCUUUAUGGAGUUUGGACAAACAGCUUGGGACUUAUAUCUGAUUCAUUCCACAUGUUCUUUGACUGUACGGCACUUCUGGCAGGUCUAGUAGCAUCUGUAAUAUCCAGAUGGAGAGCCAACGAAGCAUAUAGCUAUGGAUAUGUUCGAGCAGAAAUAAUGGCAGGCUUUGUUAAUGGCUUGUUCCUGCUGUUUAUUGCAUUUUUCAUAUUUUCAGAAGCUGUUGAGAGACUAGUGGAACCCCCUGAGGUGAAGCAUGAGAGACUGUUUUUGGUUUCAGUUUUAGGGUUUUUAGUCAACAUGGUUGGCAUCUUUGCAUUCCAGCAUGGACAUUCUCAUGGAGGUCAUGGUCAUUCUCACUCUGCAGGAGGACAUGGUCACUCUGAUGGUGUAGGUUUACAAGACCACAGUUAUAGUCCUAGCUAUGUGACCACUGAAAAACACAGCUACACAGGUUAUGAUCAGGCAGUUCAGGAGACUCACCGAGGACAUGGUCACAGUCACGAAAGUCACGGGCAUAGUCACGAAAGUAAAAGCCACGGUCAUGAAAGUAAAAGCCACGGUCAUGAAAGUCAUGGACACAGUCAUGAAAGUCAUGGACAUAGUCAUGAAAGUCAUGGACACAGUAACAAAGAACCUGCACAAAGUUUUGUCGGUCAUGAUGAUCAUGGCCACAGUCAUGGGGGCCAUGUUGAGACACCUUUACAAGUAUCGCAGAAUCAAAUUAUGCAUGGGGUAUUCCUACAUAUACUAGCUGAUACGCUAGGCAGUGUUGGUGUGAUCAUUUCGGCAAUACUUAUAUAUUACUUCGGUUGGAUGAUUGCAGAUCCAAUAUGUUCUAUGAUGAUAGCUACUUUAAUAGGUUUCAGUGUUUUACCCUUGCUGCGAGAUUCUAUAGGUAUUUUAAUGCAGCGUACGCCAAGAGAACUGGAGCCUCUGCUUCCUGGAUGUUACCAAAGAGUAAGUCAGCUGGAAGGAGUGUACAGUGUACAAGAUCCUCACUUCUGGACAUUGUCAAGUGAGGUGUUUGUUGGAGCAGUGAAGGUUGAGGUAGCUAAUAAUGCUGACACCAGAUAUAUCCUCAGCCAAACACACAAUAUAUUUACACAGGCAGGAGUUCGCCAGCUGUGCGUACAGAUUGACAUCGCUCCUAUGUAGAUCACUGCUGAAUAUGAACUGUGAUAUCUAGAGUUACAGCUAUUACUUGGUGCAACCUAACUGGCUCAUGGUGUAUACUGUGUAGGCAGAGACUGAGAUAUUUUAUAAAUGGAGAAUGCUGAUUGACUGACACCAUUAAAAAAUUGGAGUUUGACUGGUUAAAGUCCUGCAGAAAAUGGAUUAUGAUUAAAGGAAAGCUCUACAAAUGAUAUAAAUGUAUUCAGCAUAUUUAUUUUACAAUGAUAUACACUGGAUAUAUGUUUUUACAACUGGUAGAAGAGCAUGAUGUAUGUAUUGUAACAUAUUUAACUGUUCAAGCUUGAAUGUGAGACAUCGGGAAAGGUUUGUCAAAACUAUGCUGUUUUCAACUAAACAAUGUUUAAAUAAACAUCUAAAGGGCAUUUUAAAUCAUAUGUACAUUACACAUUAAAUAAAAUUAUUUUGUAUUUGCAUAAAUUAUGUAGAUGGCAUUACAAGAAAAUGUCAGCCAAAAAAUGUAAAAUUUUACUAAUGAAGUCAUAAAAAUAAAACGGUAUUCUAUCUAUUUUCAUUUUCAAAAUUAUUUAAGUUAUUUCCAUGUAAUUUUCAGCCAGUUUCUUUUUAAUAUAGUAUAUAUUGAAAAUAUUUUUAAAAGCUUAUUUGGAUUAUAAUAAUUGAAAACUUUCUGGUGAAUUUUAACUUGGUCUUGACUUUUAUUAACUUGAAGUUAUAGUACAGUUAAAGUUUCUCUAAUGAUUUGCAACUUAAAGUAUUUAUGGAUCCAUAUCAAAUAUUGUCAACAGUGUUUUUGUUAAACAUCCAUUCAUCUUGGGAAGUAAGCAGCUGCUUGUGAAAAGUAGGCAGCUAUAUAUAUACUGAUCACAGAGAUGUGUGUAUGAUUGUAAGCAUUAAAAGUAGGUGGCAAUGACAUCAGCAAUAGUCACAAAAUAUUGCCACCUGCUUCAUACUAAUGAACACUGAGUAUAAAGGUUUUCGGUAUAAAGUAAAAAUGUGGUAUACCCUCACUAUCCACCCAUUCAUUCUACUCCUUAUUAUUUGGCUUCACGGUUAAUUUCAAAUCUCUAUUUUAAUUUCAAAAUUUUCUGAAAGUUAUGGAAUCAAACCACCAAUUAAAAAAUAUUGUAUGAUGGUUCUUGUUUUGAUCGUUAAGUGAAUUGUCAUUAAGAUACAGCAGGUGUAACAAAUAUUAAAAUGUGGAAGAUAAGCAGUUGAUCACCGAAAUCUGGUCAAUCUAAUCUUGGUGACAGUCGGCAUUAAUAGCCGGUGACAGUCGGCAUUAAUAGCUGGUAACUGACUUAAAAACAAGAAUUUUGUGCAUUUAAGUUCUCUGUCUAAAUAUAUUUCUAAACAAAUUCAAGAUAUGGUAUUGCACAGUACAUUAAAUUAGUCAACAAUGUUUAAUAUUUGGCAUUUGUCCAGACAUUGCAAAUAAUAGUUGUAUAGACGUGUUUAUUCUGACAUAGUUGCUGAGUGUGUGUGACAACAUAAUGGUGCUGUAACAUACAGUAUUGAUCAGACCAAAUGUAUUAGACAUAUAAGCUGCAAUCUCAAGUAUUUUUCUUUUUCUCUUUUUGGUUUAUUGUCUAUUACAGUCCACGUUACAUAAAAUACAUGUUAGCCGUUAAUGUGGAAUGUUCAGUUAAAUAUUCAUUAAAACAAUGUUGCACUAAAGGGCUAGCUCUGGAUAAGCAGAAAAUUUCGCCAAAAUAUAUAUGAAACUUCCAAAUUUUAUAGAUGCCCAGUUAUUUUGUAACAAAAUAUCAAAUAAUACUUGAAAUUCUUUCGCCAAAUUAAAAUAAAAUUCACCAAUUGUUUUAAAAAUUCACAGUUGGCAAAUUUGGCGAGUGCCAGAGUUAGCCCUGCAUUAAGACAGUUGAUGGUAUCCACUGAAAGCAAAAACAUGAGUUAUGUUAAAACUAGUUACAUGUUUGUGUUUCUCAUUAGGUAAAGGGGAUUGACCAAGUAGCUAUUCAUUCCUGAAAAAUAAUGGGGACGAGACCCAUCAUUUUUCAGGAAUGGAGAGUUACAAGGAUAAUUCCCCUACUUGAAAUACACCAAUAAUUAUAUGUGCAAAAAAAAUGUUUUAUGAUAACAUGUCCAUGGACUUUUUGUGUGCAAUCAAGAGUCUAGUCUACUGGAAGAUAAUGGACAGAUUUUCAAGGGUUUAGCAGUGCAAGAGUAUUUUAAUUUUGAAAGAUAUUGUAGAAUGGGGAGGCAAGGUUGCAUCUGUAAUUAAAUAUGUUGUGAGCUAGCUACUGAAGCUUUGCUAUAGCAUCCAAACAAUGGUGUAAUGUACCAUUUUAAGUUUGUAUUUUACAUUUGUUCUUUGCAAAAUCUUUGAAUCUCGGCUGUUUGAUUUCAAGGAGAGCUGUAGAUACUUUUUUUUUUUUUUAAUUGAUGAAAAUGGGGAUGUUUUUAAUGAUAAUAAAUCAUGACAUUUGAGAACCCAAUUGUGUUGUAACAUUUUUAUCAUUUGGUCUGUUCAUACACAAUUCAUAUUUGUUAUCGGUGACAAACAUGCUGUAAAACACAUGGCUAUUACAAAAACAUCUAACUUUAUACUUCAAUUGGUGAUGAGUAAAACAAUGACAUAUUUUCAUACAUAUAUCAAACACUCCUAUAUCCAAACAUUUUAUUGUAGGAGUAUUUGUUGAUGUUUGCUGUUAAUAACAUAAUAGCACGAGAAAUACUGAAUAUAUGAACAAAAUAUAGUUUUUAAGUUCAUAGGAUGUACUUGACCAAGUAUUCUUAUUUUCUUGACUGAUUCAACAUUUUUGAGUACCUCUCAAGACAUGACAGGCCAAAAAAAUUAAACAUGUUGUAAAAGCCAAAUAUCAUGGGUGUUGGACAUUUUUAGCAGCGAACAUUUUAAAAGAUAUUGACUUGAGAGGAAACUUAUUUUUGACUCUGUUCACCCAACCGUAAACAAAUUUAUUGGGUACAUUUACCUUCAGUAUGAUAUGGACUACAAUGUGAGAUUUGUACAGGGAAAAAAAGACAUAUUAAUUAUUAUGAGAGAAGUUCAGAACUUGGUUUGAAUUUGGUGGUGCUUAACUUUUGUCCAGGUGUAUAUAUCAUCCUGAUGGAUUGUGAUAGAUUGCUCAUUCUAAACUUUGUAACAUUCAUCAGUUCUGUCCGCUGUCAUUUUAAAGUAGCGCAGUCCAUUUAUUUCAUCCUCUGAAUCAUGUCAUUCAUGCAAUUUAUUCAUUAAGAUGGGAUUCUAGUCAUCUUAACAUUUUGUCUGGUUAUUUUUAUAUACUAACACUAAUCUCACUCCACACUUCAGUUUUACUUGAGAAUGUGCUUAUAAAACAGUUGAAUUCACAUUUUGUGGCUCACAUCUAGUGUAUUAUUGUAUGUAAAUGUAUCAUUCAACACCAUUCUAUUGAUGUGCAGAGCUUUAACUCAAGCAAUUUGCUUCGUUUUUGUGUGCCAUAUGCUAAAACCAUAUUUAUUUUUUUCACUGUUCAUGAAACCCUCUUAAUCUUAUGUUGGUUUCCUUGUUUGAAAAUAUAUUAAAUACUACCACAAGUGUAUAUUUAUUUUACUGUUUGGAACAAUUAUUUUGUGUGUAUUUGUUUUGAGUAUAUAUAUAUAUAUAUAUAUUUAAUGGUAAACCAGUAUUUUCAUUGGGUAUUUUGACCAAUUUUCAUCGGACAAUGAAUGUUUAAGUUAUCAGGUAUUCAUCCAUUUGUUGUAUUUGCUGUGUAUUGUCUGAAACAAAUUUUUAGAAACUUUGGUACAGUACUUGGGUAUCUACUUUCGAACCCAGAUGUUAAAUUGUUCCAUCAGUAUGAAACAUUUAUAUGGCUUCAUUAUAUUAGUUUAUCUGCUGAUACACUUUUAGAUAAUGUUUAUUAAUUAAAAUUACCUAUUGUCUGGUUGUCAAAUCUAUCUUUUAAAAUAUUAUAUUCACCAUUAAUAAAUUUAUUUAUUAUUUUGGAAUUAUUUCAUACGCAGCAUGCACAGGGUACACGCUAAGGUCACAUGGUAUUCCAUUUGGUGGAAUGAAAACAGAUCUUAUGAAGGAUCGUGUUUUGAUUCCAUGAUUCCAAGAUUUCUAGGGUAAUUUUUUAAAUAUGCAAUCUAUAUCUUGAAAAAAGUAAUAAUAAAAGAAACAAAAAUCCCAAUUGGAACAGUUUGUAACAGUAAAUAGUAGUUACAUGUAUGCCAAUUCUAUUUUAAACUAAACGACUCUGAAACAGUAGACUGAUGUUAAAAACAAUAUUUUUUAGAAAUUAGUACCAUAACUUUGACAAUGUUUUAAUUAUCUGGUCAUAUAGAAUUUGAUAUCAUCUGCUUAAUUUUUCUUUUUAAAAAGUUUGGGGAUUGGAGUAGUUUGGAAUUCUGGAUCAUCACAUGAUGGGUUUUCAUUAUGUUUAUAUUUAUUUUCAUUUUAAACUGGUUGGCAGGUCCGGUUUUCUUACUAAUGCUAAGUCACUAAGGUAUCAUGAUCUCAUCCUUCUUUUUUUGUCAAGUCUUGUCACCUAUUCAUAAUAAUUCUUUAUUUUUCAUGAAGGAUUUUGAACACAGUUAUGAAAGAGAAACGGGGGGUGGGGAUGGGGUGUUUUAAUAUUUAAAAAAAAAAUUCAAUCAUAUAUCUUGGUUGUUAUCAUCUUUCCUUUUUAUCAUCUUUUUGCCUUUUUUUUUUUAUGAUUCUGAUGUAUUCCUUUUAUUUUUCUCUAAUUUGUCACACAGGUUUUUUUUUUUAAUGUUUAAUCAAAUAUGCUGGUGGUUCUUACCAUUCCCAUUUGUCACCUUUUUUCUUCUCUUUUUGUUUUUCAUUUAUGAUACUGAUAUUACUCCAUUUUUUUCAUUUGACCAUUUAGAUAUAUUAUACUUAUGCACUAUUUUAAUAAUCAAGAUGUUGAUAGACUGUAAAUAUUAUCCAUAUGUAUUGCUAUUUGAUCAUCAACUACGACAAUCUAAUUUGGUGGAAGGUCAUAUGAUUACCAUCACUGAGUGUGGAUGCGUGGGGUGUCAUUUCAGAUUUUGAACAAAUUCUGGUUGGUAUUCUCAUGUUCAGGUGGCAUUUUAAAUAAGUUGUAAAUAUUUAACUAGAUGUGACAGUGUAUUUGUUUUAACUACAUAUAUCUACUUUAGGCAGUUGUGAAAACAAAAUGCUGGUAUUGUUAACAGGAUUUCAAAUACAAAUGCCUACAAGCAUAAAAUUCACUUCUUGUUAAUGGUUUUAAAGAAUAUCUACCACCAAUCAUCUCAAGCAUAUAUGGAAAAAAUCUAAAAAUUUUAACAUAAUGCCUAUUCAUGUUUUCACAGAUAAAGUUCACGCCCUUGUCAAAUGAUAUAUUGAGUUAAUGCCCAAUAUAUAUUUUAAAAACGAGUAUACAUGUAGUUUGCAUUUCAUAAGUUUAAUGUGGAUGUUGGUCAUAACAAGAAAGAAUGCUUUCACCCUCUGUUGCUAUGGUGAUAGUACUGAAGUGAUAUACUGGAUCUCAACAUGUGUUGUUGUUUGACAUGACCAGAUCCCAGGCUUAUAAAAGAAAUUAAAAUCUUGAUUCCAGGCUUUUGCAAAGUCAUUUGCAUACAGAUAGUAUGUACACACUACCAGUGGUUCAAGUCUGGAGACAGCUGAAGUUUUGAAUAUGGACUUAUAAACUUUUGUAAGCACAGGGCCAGAUCUUGGACCACUGGAUCUUUAGGCUGUAAUAAUGUGCUCUAAAGGGCUGGGUGAUUAUCAUAUUAUUUUUGACGAACCUUUUGAGUAUCACUGUCAUGCUGUAUUUAAAAAACCCACUUGUGAAUAUUUUCAUUCCUCCUGUUAGCAGUGAUGUAUAUUGAAGUCUGCAACAUGUAUAUUUUUGUUUAGAUAUUUAUCUAUAUAAUAAUGCUUUUGAGAUUUUGGUGUAUGUAAUGCAAUAAAAUUUCUUGAAAACAG